CUGAGAAGGAAGAAAGGAAAAGCCAAAGAUGAAAGUCUUGAUGCUUGGUUUAGGGCUUGCCCUGCUCUGCAGUGUCUGUGCUGAACAUCAAUGUUCUGGAGAUGACAGGCAUCUGGAAGGGACAUGGCAUGUGAUCGGCAUAGGAACCAACAGCUUCUAUGAGUCAACCAGAGAUGGUUUUAUGAAGAUUAUUUUUGCCUCGCUGUUCUUACCAGAGGAACGGAAAUUAAAAGUCACUUCUUACUUCCCCAUGGAAAGUGGCUGCAAGAAGGUUGAAAUAGAGUUUGAGAAAAUGGAAGAUGGAACGUACCACAACACCUCUGAAUCUGGUAAGACAACCAUAGAAAUCGUGAAGACAAAUUGUGAAGACUAUGCCAUUGCCAUUGUGAAGGUAGAAAAGGAUGAGAAGACCACAAUUCUUGUCAUACUUUUUUCCAAGAACAGUGAAGUGAGUCCAGAGAUUAAGCAACAGUUGACAACAAUUGGAGAGAGUCAAGGCAUGAUGAGUGAUAACAUUGUCUUCUUCUCCAGUGGAGUGGCCUGUCAAGAUGAGGCAUAGGGGGAGGAGGCGUCUUCUGCCGAUUCCCCAGGAGAUUCCAGCAGUGACAUGAUAAACUCCCUUUCCUGUGCCAUGUGGUUUUGACCUUGCCCACUCAGACUUGGGACAGAAGGCCCCUCAUGCUAUUAAUAAA